AUGGCCAAACUUGUUCCCACUCCCGAAUCGGGAAAUACACUGGAGUUCCAGUCGUGCAAAUCUUCAAGAGAAGUUUUUAAUUAUAAUAACUAUUCCUCAGGCAAGGUUCCGGCGGGAAAUUUCCAUCUUCCAAAAAAUCACAUACAGUACGUUAUAAUAUAUUGCGACAGACAUACCAUGGGAAAGCCCAGACCUCACAAGAAGAAAGCUUCCAAGUCCCGCGAAAAGUCCGUUCUGAGCGCUGGCGGCUCGAUAUCGAAACGAAAAAUGAACGAAGACCCCGCUAAGCUUCUCGAGCAAGCAACAGUACUUCUUCAGACCGGGCAGCUCGAUGAGGCGCUUUCGCUAGCUCAGCAAGCACUCGAGAGUGCGCCCGCCAACUCUCCGGCACAGCUCUCGAGUCUGAAUGCGGUUGCGGGCAUUUACGUUGAAAUGGGCGAGAUUGACCUCGCAAGGAAACAUUUUCUACAAGCGGUCGAGCUGGAUCCGACCGGUUCUAUUCCCGAGUCCGAGGGGGGCGGCGCUGAAAAAUUCUUAUGGCUCGCUCAAUUGAGUGAGCUCGGUGGAAAAGAUAGCGUUCAAUGGUUUGAGAAGGGUGUUGGGUCUCUGAGGAAUGUUAUUCAACAAUUGGAGGUAGAUGCUGGCCCUGCACAGGUAUUAGAGCUGGAGGAGAAGAAAGGGAAGAUGGCAACCGCACUCUGUGGCGUUGCGGAGAUCUAUAUGACGGAUCUUUCGUGGGAAGAAGAUGCGGAAAAGCGUUGUGAAACUUUGAUCACAGAAGCCCUACUGAUCCAGCCCAGCUCCCCCGAAGUACUACAGACGCUGGCGUCUAUCCGAAUUUCACAAUUACGAGAAGAUGAUGCGCGAGCAGCACUCUCGCGGAGUCUAGCGUUAUGGAAGGAUUUGCCGCCAGAGGAUCCAAAUGUUCCGGACUUCCCGACCAGGAUCAGUCUUGCCCGUCUCCUGAUGGAAGUUUCGAUGUUGCUGGAGGCACUUGAAGCUCUGGAGCGUCUGAUCCUUGAAGAUGACCAAAGUGUGGAGGCCUGGUAUCUAGGCGGAUGGUGUCUCUAUCUCUUAGCCGAGAAGGGUGAAGCCCCGAAAGAUCCUGAGGAAGGAGAGUCAGACGAGGCACCGGGGGCGAAGAGGCACGCAUCGCUCGUUGCCAGUAGAGAAUGGCUCGGGCAGAGUCUGACGCUCUAUCAACUUGUUCAAUAUGAGGAUGAGCGGCUGAAAGAGCACGCUCUGGAGCUAGUGGAGGCUAUGAACAAGGAGAUUGGCGAAGAUAUGGAAGAUGAAAGCAACGCAGAAGAUGGAGAGGGGGAUGAAGAGGAAUGGGAGGGGAUCGAGUCAGACAGUGACCAUGAGAUGGCUGACUCGUAA